GGAAGGCCCAAUUCUCCUCUCUCGGAUCUGUGCCUGAAGCGUGCCUGGCGGUCGGCGCAGGCUUUGGUGGCUCCGACCCGCUUUCGGAAGCAGGCAAGCGCUGUGGGGAAUUAAAGGUAGCGGAAAUGGAUGGCAACAAAUUUGAUUAAGGGAGUAGAGGCUUUGAACUUAAUUCCAGCUGACAAUCCCCUAGUCAAUCGUGUACCGCAUUUACAACUGCUGGGCUGUUUCGACCCUCCAAUUAUUGUUGUUUUAGGGGUUUGCCGCCUUAAAAUUAGGCAUCCUACACAGCUGCAGCAAGCAGUGAAGCCGCGGGCCGGCAUCUUUGUAAUGGCUAGCCUAAGCCGUGUGACCACCAAGGCUAUCGGCUGCUCCAGUGCCCCUCGCCUUGCAACGCCCGCCGCUGCUCGCCAUCUUAACAUUGGGCAUUCUCGUAGACAACAGCAGUGAAGCCUUUAGCGACCUUCUUGGUUGAGGGCGGAAGUGAGGGCUGCGUUGCGCCAGCGACGACCACAGAUUCUCCUAGACCCACGUGGGAGCGGCGCUCAGGAUGCUGCGCCGCGAGGCCCGCCUGCGCCGCGAGUACCUGUACCGCAAGGCCCGCGAGGAAGCGCGGCGGACGGCCCACGAGAAGAAGGAGAGGCUCCGGCGCGCGCUCGAAGAGAACCGUCUGAUUCCCACCGAGUUACGCCGGGAGGCUCUAGCCUUACAGGGAUCCUUGGAGUUUGACGACGCUGGUGGUGAAGGCGUAACCAGCCAUGUAGAUGAUGAAUAUCGAUGGGCAGGGGUCGAGGAUCCCAAGAUCAUGAUCACCACCUCCCGAGACCCCAGUUCCCGCCUCAAGAUGUUUGCAAAGGAGCUGAAGCUGGUGUUCCCGGGAGCACAACGCAUGAACCGAGGCCGGCAUGAGGUGGGCGCCCUGGUAAGAGCCUGCAAAGCCAAUGGAGUCACCGACCUGCUGGUUGUUCACGAGCACCGGGGCACACCUGUGGGACUUAUUGUCAGCCACCUGCCCUUUGGCCCCACCGCAUACUUCACACUUUGCAACGUCGUCAUGCGGCACGAUAUCCCUGACCUGGGCACCAUGUCAGAAGCCAAGCCCCACCUCGUCAUGCAUGGUUUCUCCUCCCACCUGGGCAAGCGGGUCUCUGAUAUCCUGCGGUACCUGUUCCCUGUGCCCAAAGAUGACAGCCACAGGAUUAUCACCUUCGCAAACAAGGAUGACUAUAUCUCCUUCCGACACCACAUCUACAAGAAGAUGGAUGCCCGCAAUGUGGAGCUGACUGAAGUUGGACCUCGUUUCGAGUUGAAGCUGUACAUGAUUCGCCUAGGCACGCUGGAACAGGAGGCCACGGCUGAUGUCGAGUGGCGCUGGCACCCGUACACCAAUACUGCACACAAGAGGGUUUUCUUGAGUGCUGAAUGAGCCUUGCUUGUUGGUCAGAGACAUGGACUUGGAACGCAAAAGUUUAUUCAAUUAGGAAACCGGUUGAUGUGUCUUGUGGAGCUUCCAGAGUCUGGAUGUUGCGGAUCUUAUCCUUGUGGUGUCAUUGACUAUUUCCUCCGCCCUGGUGUGUCCUCCGAGUUAAUAUUAAAGAGGCUCCCUCAGAUAA